AUGAUUAAGCAAAACAACAGACAAAUUAUCAUUUUCAUCACAGAAGAUUUCAUGCAUGUAACCUUUUUCCACCAACUUCUUGUAAAUGUCACGUUGAUUGAGAAAAGAAGUAUUUGGGUUCAUGAGGUUCAACAAUUAAAUAUUCAACACAUCCUUCUUUUGUGGAUGAGUAGGGAUGAAGACAUUUCAACUUCAUUUAUUCAUUCAUACGUGAUUUACCUUGUAAAUUAUGAACCUGAUUCGGCGAUCUUGCAUUCACCAUGGCUUACUGAAGAUCAUUAA